CCUAAUCGUCUACCCACACUAAGAAGGUGCUUGCAGGUGAGAAACCAUUCAUUUGUGAGACCUGUGUUAAAGCCUUUUCACAGCAAGGAAGUCUAAGCAGCCAUGUGAUGAUGCAGACUGAAAAGGAAACAUUUGUUAAUGCUGGUGGCCCCUGUGGUAAAGCCUUUAAUGUGCGAAGUACUCCAAACAGACAUGAGAAAGACCAUACUGUAACAAAUCAUUUGUUUGUGAGACCUGUGGCAAAGCUUUUUCUACAAAAACUGAUGUAAUCCGACAUGAGAGGGUGCAUAGCCUACUGGAGAGAGACCAUUUGUUUUUGAGAUCUGUAGUAAAGCUUAUUCUUGGCGAAGAAAUCUUAAAACUCAUAUCAUAUUGUACACUGGUAAGGAACCAUUUCUUUGUGAGAUCUGUGGUAAAGUCCUUUCUCAUCAAGGUAGUCUUAACAUAUGAAGAUGCAUACUGGUGAGAGACAAUUUGUUUGUGAGACCUGUGGUAAAACCUUUUCUAGAAAAACUGAUGUAAUCAGACAUGACAGGGUGCAUACUGGUGAGAAACCAUUUGUUUGUGAGAUCUGCGGUAAAACCUUUUCUAGAAAAAUUGAUGUAAUCAGACAUGACAGGGUGCAUACUGGUGAGAAACCAUUUGUUUGUGAGAUCUGCGGUAAAGCCUUUACUUGUCUAAGUAAUCUACGCAGACAUGAGAGGGUGCAUACUGGUGAGAAAGCAUUUGUUUGUGAGAUCUGUGGUAAAGCCUUUUUUCAAAGGACAAAUCUUAAAGAGCAUGUCAAGGUGCACACUGGUGAGCAACCAUUUGUUUGUGAGAUCUGUGGUAAAGCCUUUUCUCAUAGGACAAAUCUUAAACGUCAUAUCAAGGUGCACACCUGUGAAAAACCAUUUGUUUGUGAGAUCUGCGGUAAAGCCUUUCCUUUGCGAAGUAGUCUUCGCAAACAUGACAGUGUGCAUACUGGUGAGAAACCAUUUGUUUGUGAGAUCUGCGGAAAAACCUUCACUUGUCUAAGUAAUCUACGAACACAUAAGAGGGUGCAUACUGGUGAGGAACCAUUUGUUUGUGAGACCUGUGGUAAAGCCUUUUCUCAAAGGACAAAUCUUAAACGUCAUUUCAAGGUACACACUGGUGAAAAGCUAUUUGUUUAUUCCUGUUAUGUGACACUACGCCGACUGUUGGAGCAUUCUGUUGUGGAUUUUCGUGAAUCAGAUCCGAUCACUGACAGACCUGAAGAGGAUCAACAACCAGCCAAUUGUGACGAUACUCCCAUGAUCCUUAGCAGACAGGUGCUUUCGUCUACCCACACUAAGAAGGUGCUUGCAGGUGAGAAACCAUUCAUUUGUGAGACCUGUGUUAAAGCCUUUUCACAGCAAGGAAGUCUAAGCAGACAUGCGAUGAUGCAGGCUGAAAAGGAAACAUUUGUUAAUGCUGGUGGCCCCUGUGGUGAAGCCUUUAAUGUGCGAAGUACUCCAAACAGACAUGAGAAGGACCAUACUGGUGACAAACCAUUUGUUUGUGAGACCUGUGGUAAAACUUUAUCUCGGCGAAGUAGUCUUAAAGAGCAUACCAAGAUCCACACUGGUGAGAAACCAUUUGUUUGUGAGAUCUGUAGUAAAGGAUUUUCUCAGCGAAGUUUUCUAAAGACACAUUUCAGGAUGCACACUGGUGAGAAACCAUGUGUUUGUGAGACCUGCGGUAAAGCCUUAACUUGUCAAAGAAAUCUGACCGUACAUAUGAGGGGACACCGUGGAGAGAAACCAUUUGUUUGUGAGAUCUGUAGUAAAACCUUCUCUCAGCGAAAUAAUCUUAAAAAACAUAUGGGGGUGCACACUGGUGUAGUGAAACCAUUUGUUUGUGACAUCUGCAGUAAAGCAUUUUCUUGCCGAAGUUAUCUACGCAAACAUGAAAGGGUGCACACGGGUGAGAGACCAUUUGUUUGCGAGACCUGUGGUCGAGCUUUUUCUCAUCAGAGUACUCUCAAAGGACAUAUCAAGGUGCACACUGGCGAGAAACCAUUUGUUUGUGAGACCUGUGGGAAAGCCUUUGCUUUGCUACGUUACCUACGCAAACAUGACAGGGUGCACUCUGGUGAGGCCAAAAAACAAAUAGUUCUGCUUCCGGUUUCCCAACCUACCAUAUUCUUACUGCCCCUACCCUAAUUUUUUUAUUGGAAAUAUGAGAAAAAAAAUCACCCCAAAGCAUUCAUUUCUACCUCUUACCCUUGACUACACGCAGACGCCUCCACAUCAUCGUACCCCAAAAAAGAGCAAUUCCCUACCUACGUACCUACCUACCUACCCCUUUUUCAAAUGCCAUGUAAUCGAAAGCCGAACCGGGGGGGGGGGGGUUGGCGUGAGGAACCAUUUGUUUGUGAGACUUUGUAAAGUCAUUUCCACAAAAAAAAAUGAUCUCAUCAGACAUGAUGAGAGGGUGCAUACUGGUAAGAGACCAUUAACUGUUUGUGAGAUCUGUAGUCUCAGUGAAGCUUUUUAAAAACACAUCAGGUUGCUCAUUGGUUGCGUGAGGAACCAUUUGUUUGUGAGAUCUGUAUACUAAAGCCUUUUCACGGCGGAAUAUGUCGAUGUUAAUACUAUACUGAGAAACCAUUUGUGAGACUUUUGGUAACGCAGCUUAGGACAUAUCUUAAAAAGCCAUAUCAAGGUGCACAACUGGUAAGAAACCAUUUGUUUGUGACAAAGGCCUGUGGAUUACUAAAAGGCCCUUUACAUGUAUUAUUAAAUUCUCGAAGGAAACAGAAUGGUUCACAACGGUGAAUCUUUUGUUUAAAUCUGUACUUUUUACAUGUAGACUUCAGGCCAAAAAAAAGUCUCCGGUUUCUGGUAUGGAGCUUGCCCAAAAAGUGGUGCGGCGACGCGGCUUUUUUUUUUUUUAACCUGAC